UGGAUACUAAUAAUAUUAUCCUAAUGAAUUAUUAAUCUUGAAUUGUAAAAUAUUAUCUUUGAAAUUAUGUAUAGAACAUUUUUGCAAAAAUUUUAAAUCACGCAACACUUUUUUCGUCGAUAUAUAUUGUAUAUCUAUAUAUGUAUAUUUUUAAAUGUAUUAUAAUUUUGAUAAACCCAAGAGAUUUUGCGAAUUAAUUAAAUCGCGUAUAUUUUCACGAACGCGUAUUAUUUAUUCAUUGCAACAAAUGUGUGAAAAUUCAAACGUUUUAAGAAUAAAACAUUUAUCGUUGGAGGAAAAUUUGUCGCCCUCUAAGACUUCUUUGAAAUGUCAAACUGGUAUUAAUGAAUAAUAGAAUUUUAUCAUUCUUACAUUCCAGUGCUCGUGAAAAUGAUCGGUAUAAGAACACGUACUCUUCUUAUAAAUGAAAUAAACACUAUUUUUCUGAACUCAGAGAGCAGAUUUUCAACGACACAUACAAAAUACCAGUCUAAUUAUAAGAUUGCGAAUUUUUAUGCAUUUAUGAAAAUUCCUAAAGUAUAUGAACGCACGGAAUAAAAUACCCAAAAAUCAGUACUUAUUCUAACGCAUAUUUAGUAGAUGAAACACAUUUGUUUUAGUUGUUUUAUAAAAAUAUAAGUUUGCGUAAAUAUCCGCAAUCUUCUAAUUAUCAAUAGAUAAAAGCAGCAUUUUAUUUUGGCUAAUAACAACUCAUAUUUCUUAACGAAUGCAAUACAUAAUAUCCGACGAUUAUUCGUAAUACAUGCUGUAAAUUAGAUAGUAAUCUGUUUAUAUACUCAAUAACGUUGCUCACUCUUUGCUUUAUUUAUGGAUUGUCGAUUGGAAUCGGCUUUAUUGCAAGCAUAAUUGUAAAUGUCAAAGUUCAUAGGAAAACCCAUUUAAACCAGUAGAACGUAUAAUACCCGUGACGUGAGUUUUACAUCAAAUUAAGAGAAAAUUCUUAAUGCGUAGUCCAGCCACUUCGCAUGAAAUUUAUAACCUUUGUUGUAAUUUUAUUAUCGUUAAUUCUAAUAUCAAUCGAAGAAAUUUUAUUACGUGUACAUGUGAAUCAGAAAGAUUGUGCUUCGUCAUCUUAAGGAUAAAACAAUAAAACAAUCGAAACGAAUUACUGAUAUAUUCUGUGAUCAGUGAAGAACCAAUUCUCUUACACUUUGUUAUUCAAGGCUGAUGAGUAAACUGCGAGUGAUUAUUUAUGGGGAAUUUAAAUGUGUGCAAAAAUGCACAGUACAGUAGAACGCCUUAUAUGAUCUGUCAGGGGACAAGUUGGUUCAUAUAAUCAGGUCGCUCAUAUAACAGAAAUCCGUUUACUUUUACCCGAUCGUGAUUUUUUGUUCAUUUAAUAGCAAUUCAUAUUUAUAUAAGAUUCCACGAAAUAUUUACGCUUAAAUAUAUAAUAAUGCUGCAAACUUGUAUUGAUUGCGAGGCAAGAGAUUGUCACAUAACACGUGCCUCUACUGUUUACUGCUUACAUCUUACGGUAAGACAUUCAGAUAAGUGGAUUGACGCUCAGCAGUAGUUCAGAUGAAUAGGAGCUCAGCUGAAGUUCAGACGACCAGACACUACUAAAAUUUUCUUCGUAUAUGUAAAUGGAGUUCAUAUAAACGGAGUUUCACUGUAUUUAUAUACAAAUAUAAAAAAUAUGCAAAAUAUUCUUCUUCUCUUCUGAGUCAAAAUAUCUUAUAUUCCAUUUCUCACAGAUAUGCAUGAAUGUCUUUGGUAUAAUGAUGGGGAAAAUCCAAGGCAACUUCACCGUUACAAGAUUUUAGUGAUCCUUGUUCCUCCUGCACAAGAUGAAUAAGAGGCGAUGAAGAACCGGAUGCUCAACUUACUAGUUCAGUUACGAGGCUUUCAGCUGAAGACAUUGAUUUAUAUGGAUUUUGUCCUGAAAGGGAUGCUUUUUACACGGUAGUAUGUGAAACCUGUCAUGCAAUAGUCAAACCACAAGCUCUUAUUCAACAUAUGGAAAGUCGCCAUCCUUCUGGUACGGUCAAUUUUCCACCUCCCUCCACUCCAGUCGUAAAAACUCCUCUGAAGACGCCCUAUUGCAAGGUGUCGAAACUGAAAAAGACGCAGUCAUCGCCUCAGAUCUCAAAUAGCGGGAGCAAUAAGAUCAAUCACACGAACGUGAAACGGAGCACGGAACAGCCGACCAUCUCAACGAACUUGUCAUCUUCAUCAAUACCAAUUUCAUCGUCACCUCGAUCACCUCUUGAGUCGUUAACAUCGUCUGUUCAAACAUCGAACUCUGGAUCAGGAACUGUAAUUAAUUCGAGUCCUGUGAAAAGCCCUGGCACAGCGACGGGUCAACCUCGUCGAAAGAGACUCAAAACCGAUCGAUCGUUGCUCAAAGAUCGAGAGUACGACCCAGAUCGACAUUGUGGAGUGUGGAACGAGGAAACAGGCAAGCCUUGCACCAGGUCGCUUACGUGCAAAGCGCAUACGGUCUCGUUACGGCGGACAGUCAUCGGUCGGAGUAAAACCUUUGACAAACUCCUCGCGGAGCAUCGUGCCUCGAAGGAAGUCCCGAACAGGCCGACAAAAGUGACUGUGACCGGUACGGUGACCGUGUCCUCUGGGACUUCGAACUUGAACCCCUUAACGCCCACCAACCCCGCCCUGACCAUCGAAGCGGAAACCCCCAGCUCACCACCCGUUUUAUCGCUGCCAGACACAUAUCCACUGCCAAAGGCUGUUGAUUUGCUUUAUCGGUGUCUGGCCCCGCAUGGCUCCACUAAACCUACCAAGCUCGAAGAGGACUUCGUCAACGAGGAGCUGAGGAGUCUGGAAUCGUCGCUAGUGAACUCGACCGGUUCGACACAAUCGAGCUCGAUGAUGGCGCCGAUAUCCGUGGUGUUGCCAUCGCUGUCACCGUUACCGGCUAAUAACGAGGAAUCGACGUCAUCGGUCGCCACGCUGAUACCGAGCACAGCAUCCCCAGCUAUACCGGUGCCAGCAUCACUGCCAGCCACGUGUACGCAACCGCCGCUGGUUACGACAGUUCUCGAGGCUGAAACACCUAUGGACAUCGACCCGGAAGCGGCAAUGACCAUCUAUUCCCCUGUAUACCAGGAUAAAUCCAAAUUGCUGGUCGAAAUACCACGUCCAAACAAUAUCGCCCACUCUCCUAUAUCAUCUAUGCCCAGUCUGCUAUUCGAAUCUAUGGAUCAACUCGAACAGCUCGAACAGUUGGAACAGCAACACGCGACUCAGAUCAAUGGAAAGAGACUGAAUCACGCGACUCAUUCGAGUCCUGUUACGCAACUGCAGUCAAAGAGGACCAAACACGAGUACCAUCAACAGGACCUGUCCACGGCGAUACAGGUUGAGGCUACGACCACGUCCUCGCCUUAUCCUCAUUUCGGGGAUAUAUCUUGGUCGAACUGUCACCCGGAGCCACUGGCUGUAAGUCGGUGGCUUCGUAUUUCGUCCAGCCGUAAGCAGUACAACUUUAAUAUUCACUGACAUAAGACCCCACCCACUCCAGGCUGAGGACCGUACGCCAUGGGCGUUUGUCUACCUCCUCUUUUUUUCGAGAUCCUUUUUUUCAUGGUCGUCCUCGUCGCCGUCGUCGUUGAUGGUCUAGGUCUGAAGCCUGUCGAGAAGGGGACAAGUCUUGAUGUGCGGUGAACUUCGAUGUGAUGAGCAUGCGCACGACGGAAAAAAAGACACGUGAGCAAUUAAUUGGUUAUACGUGGAAUUGACAUGGUAACGAUAUAUGUGUUUUUGCAUGCUUCGUUCUCCCUGCCGAAAUGAAAUAUCUCGAGCAGGAACAUACGAUAGUUACAAAUUUACGGUCCUUUCAUUUUGUACAACAAUGUCGGUCUCUAUUCUGCCAGGCGACGAUCGUUUCCUUUGAAACAAACCACCAUCAUCGGAGGUUCAUAGGAAGGUUAAUCGCAUUAUCACUUUAGGGAAUAUAUGCGUACAACUGGAACAAACGGGGUUCCGCAAAUGAAAACAGAAGCACGUACCAAAUUUUCUUCUUUGUCUCUCGAUACUUAUUUUGCAACCGUUUCUACAAUACUAUAGAGACUGAUUAAGGAAGAACCAUAUUGCGGACGUGAUUCGUCGGAUUUACGAAAUCGCUGACUAACGUUCUUGGAACAUCAUCAUUAUCUUCUUUGAACUGUUGUUUCAAGAGGCCAGAUGGAAACGAAAUAGCAUCUCGUAUCUCGCAACGAUGCUUCUGUUUUGAUAUUUGUACUUUUCACGGAAGAACGUACGAGUGAUGCAACAAUAGCAACGUCAGCUUCAUCAUCAAGUAUUAAAUUGGCAAUAGGUAGAUAUUAGAGAACAUUGACUGAAAUACAUAAGAGUAUGAUGGUUUUUUUCAUAAAAUUAAUUUUUUUGUGCCGAAGAUCGUUGCAACAUCUCUCGCGGAGCAGACCGAUAUAUAGAUUCGAUUCUGAUCGCUGUGCCUCGUCCCGACGGCGCGGCAGUUCGUUCGAAACAAAAAAGAAAGGAGAAAGAAAUAAUAGAAAAAGGAAACAGUGUGAAAACGGACGCGUUUGAUAUAAGUCACACUGUCCGUGUUCGCCUGUUAAAAAUAGAGGUUUUCAGUGAAGAGAGAAGCGACGAUGAUAAUAAGUGAAAUGAAACUACAUCGAAUUUUUAGGCGAUUAUCCAGUAUGUAUGUGUGCUUGUAAAAAGGAUAAAGGAUUACGUGACCAAGCAACAAAUACAAAAAGAAAGAAACUUUCUUUUCUUUGUACAGGAAGUUUAACAAAUGGUUUUUAGUAGGAAGAGUAGCUAAAAAAGUUCAAUAAGCAGUGUUUCUUCUUUUUUUCUUUUUCUUCUUUUUUCUUCCUUUAGGAGACGUCACUGAGCGGCAUUUAAAAUGUCAGCCCAGAAUUUUUUUGUAAAUAAUCAAUUUGAUGGAUUAAUCAUUUACGGCUAGCUAUCCUCUUGUAAAUACGUUCAAUAAAAAAAUGUAAAUCGUAGUUAGUCGUGACACGGAGCGGCCGAUCAUCGAACUAUCUUGCGCGUAGAAUUUCGACUUAUUUUCCAAUUAAAUUGCGAUUCGCGUACAGAGGGUCUCAUCUUGUACAUACAUAGAUCAUAGUAUACAUUUAUACAUAUAUAUAUUUUUUUUAUCGAUCACGAUCUCUUCAACGUUUUUACGUAUAUACAUAUAUACAUAUAUACAUAUUCGACCUCACUACCUACCAUCAUCAAUAUUUCCUUUAUAUCUUUUCUUAUUUGUAUCUUCUUUAUUAUUUUGUUUUUUUCUUUUUUGUUCUUCUCUUUAUUCUAUUUUUUCUUAGUCUUCUCUGCUUCGCUCUGUUCUCGUACAUAUGUAUAUUCUAUUGCACAAUUGUGUACAUCGUGUAACGCAUUUAUCCAGCGAUUCCGGUUUAAUGCCACAAUUUCUAUUUUUUUUUACAAAAAAUAGAAAAAUUCGACGGAUAAAUUGUGUGUGCGGGUUCCGUUUAAUCGGUGAAGAAAUUUUCACUAGAUCGUAGGCAACGACCUACCAUCAACAGCACACGUAGCGAAAAUUUCGUUCAGGCAAUCUUUAGCUUAUUGUAAGCUCGUACGAAAUUUUCAAAGGCAGAUUCGAUGAGUCUUUUAGUCGAGUUAUGGCUGAUGAGUUUAACAAAGCCGUACACAUUGUCCCGAAUAUAGUAGGUAAACCAUUCAUCACCAACCACCAUUCACCAUUAUCCCACCCGAGACAAUUUAUUUUUGUAAAACUGUCGGUUCUAAUUUGCGUCGUGGCGCUAUGUCGGUUUUUCCAGCAUGGCGCGUAUGGUGGCGUAUAUCUAUGCAUAUAUUUACGGACUUCUUAUCAUAGAUUGUGAUAUUUAACUAAUUAAUGAUUAGUCAAGAUUAUUCUAAAUCGUGCGCAUGCGUUAGUGAAUGAAAGAGUAAUGACAGAUAGAUGGCCAAAUUAUAAAUGGUAUAGAAAGGAAUGCGAAGUCCACGGAUGAAAAUGAUGAUAAGUCACGUUUCCCGACUUUUGUAGGAGAGCGAUAUUCAAAAUUCAAUACCAUCCAAGCUAUCUUUUCAUUUGAUUUUCGGCUUAAACGUGUGCCUUUACCAGCUUCUUGAUCAUUUAAAAAAUAUUAAUCAGUUUUAGUUAUACAAUUCUCACAAAUAUCUCCGACACUCUCUGUCUGGUUAUAGCAAAAUACUUCUGUUUCAACUACUUCAUAUUAAAAUAGAAGUUCUUUUUAGAAGUCAGAAGAUGAACAAAUACAAACUUAUUAUAAUUUUCCCUCGUGUACUUCAAAUAGGAUGUAAUGAUUACUGCUGAUCUCUGAAGAGGAAACGUUAGGCAAAAAAGGAAAAAAAUAUAUAUGAAACGUUUGCGCUUAGUUCGGCUACAAUUUUCGCUGUAGAUGAAUAAAUUCGCUCUGUGUAUCGUGUUUGUAGCGUUUCGAGGUUUUAUCUCGUUGAGUUUCCGCUUUUUCCACGUGUAUGAGCUGAUUCGUAAAUUAUUUCGUUUCAUUGACGAAUGUAGCAAGAAACGGGAAAAAGAAAGAACGGAAGAAAGUAAAGGAGGGAGUAUAUAAGACGACGAAUAGAUAGAGCAAAUGGGAAGACGGGAGAUAGGGAGAAAAUUAGUAUAACAAAUAGAAAAAUGACGUGGAUGUACGUCAUGUCGAGCCGACGAAGAGACGUUGAUUUUUUUUGUUACCGCGCAGUAUAAAUAAUACAAAUGCUAACGAUGUUAUUAUUACUGCUAUUAUUCGAAGAAGAGAACACGUGGAGACAUGUCGGUCUGGUAUUGUCCUGUUCGUUUUAUAUAAAUCGAACUUGGACAACGAUCGAUCGAUGGAGCAAGCUCGUUGUGUGCAAGGUAUACACUUUCUCAUCGACCAUAUAAACGAACAUCGCCUUACGAUUCUAGCCAUAAACUUCGCCUUAAGGAUUCAUUAGCGAUCAUAGUAGCGAUUAGCGUGGGUUUCUGUGAAAAAUAUAUUCUCGAGCAAGAUUCAUCGAUCGAUCAUUCGGUGUAAAAAAAAGAAAAAUAGAGAAUUUAAGAAAGAAAAAGAAAUACUAUUAGCAAUAAAUUAUCGUUCGAUAUCGGACAAAUGGAGGACGAGAGGAAAACUCGUGAACGGACCGACAUGACCAAAUCGUUUCUAAUCGUCGAUUUACUGAUCUUCUCGGCUACCUGAAACCGUGAUAAUUUGUACAUAAAUCGCGUAAGCAAUUACCCAUGUACCUAUGGUAUCAAUGAAAUCUAUAUAGGUAUAUAUUAUAUAUAUACAUAUAUGAAUCUAUAAUAUAAAAAUAAUUCUAUUGACAAGUUGAAGAGAAGAAUGUUAGUGAAAAAUCGCAAACGUCGAAAUGCUGUUAGCCCGCUCGUUUCCGAGUGUACCUUAAACGCUGUAUAAUUCGAGAACAAAAGAAGAUAAGUAACUUAACGUAGAUCGUAUAUUUAACGAUACACGUGUACGUAUAACGUGUAAUUAUCUCCUGUACAUAACAAGUGCCCUGUGCAUGUUUGUGGCGCACGAAAUGCUGCGUGCAUGCGCGAAAUACGUAUGAUCUUUUUUAGACUAUUACUACUACCAACUACGUACCACACGUUAGUGUUCAUCGAUCGAUGUUAUUUCGCGCGAGCUUCGAGUAAGUUUCGAGCGGUCCGAGGUUAUAAAUAUUGACUCAAGCGACAGCACUUUUCUUCAAAAGAAAAGAAAGUCAGUAAUCAACGGCAACAACCCUUGUUAAAACAGUGUUACAUGUCGAGAAAGAAACGGAAAGAAAAAAAAAAUGCUAUUCAUCACAGACGAUCUCUAAGAUUUUCUACGAAGUAGAAGAAAUUCUGAUCACGAUCGUUGGAAAGUGUGGUUCGCGAUCGUUCGAAUGAAAGAUUUUUUAAGAUAAUGAAAAGAAAAAGGAAAACUCGUGAAGCAAUAAUACAUAGUCCAUGAUUAAGAGAAUGCACAGCAAUAAUAUUAAUUUCAUUAUUACCGUAAUAUAAAGAUUAAGAAACGUGUUGUACACGUUCAAGAGGAACACUUUCGUCUCGUACGAACAAUUUGCUCGAUUUCCGGCGAGUUUGAACACGCGGCUUGAAAAAUCGUCAGAGGAUUUUUCUGUUACUCUCUGCGCAUCAUUUAACAAUCGAACUUCUCGUACAUUGUUUAAAAUCUACGAGAAAUAUAUAAUUCAUCUUUUUUUUUUGUUUUUGUAAGUAGUAUCCAUUUUUAAUUGGAACGUUCCAUAUAUCGUAUCACUUUUAUUAUUGCUUUUCUUCCUCGACGGUAUAGAAACACGACCUUACUACGUUCGAUCGAUCGUUGGACGAUUUAAUUAAGUUCUUUUUUCUUGCUCUUUCCUCUUUCGUUCCGAUGAAAUUGAACCUUCCGGACAGUGCGGAACACGCGUCUAGUAUUUUCGUUUCGCUCGUCAGAUUUCAGUAGAAAUUUAAACGAAUCCGCGUGAAACUGCGGUGCACCAGACAUUUCGUGGCUCGCAUAAGACUGAGUACGCUUAAAACGAAGGAAGAGAAGAAUUGUACGUUUGCGGCGUGUUUAAAAGAAAUUGACCGAUUUACGAAUAGAAAAGAAAUAAGAAAAGAGUUUUUAGUCGGCUUAGGAUAUUGUUGCGAAUUUUCGUCUCUUUUAUUUCAAAAUUUAGAAAAAGAAGAAAUGAAAAUGGAAGGAAGAGUGCGAGAGAAAGAAUGAGAGAGAGAGAGAGAAAAAGAAUUAUGCGGUAGAUUCGAACUGUUUUGCAUGACUUGUUCCGAAUCACCCUGUAUACGUUCAGAAGCGUCAGAAAUAUGAUUCUGCUUUUUUUCUUUGUUCCGUGUACAAAAUAGCGCGUGCGUUAAUAUACGUUCGCUCGUCAUCUCAGAGCACUGUAAUUUCACGCGGAGGAGAAGAAAAAAAAACGAAGAAACAAAGAAAAAUGAAUAAGAUGAAAAUUAGAACAACUUCGACCUCGUGACGCAAGAACAUACAACAAAAUACUUUGUGGCAUUUAAUUUAAAUAUACGUUUUAUAUUUAUUUGUA